UCACAAUCAAAGCUGACCACUUGGCUGAUAUGCAAAUGGGCUAAUUUAGAUGAUAACAGCUUUCCCUUGUCUGCACAUUCUGCAUUUCAAUAUAAACCACAACAGAGGCGCUGCAGGCUCUGGGGGGAAUUAGCCAAGCGAUAUCACGAAAAAUGAGCAAGAUUGUGUUCUUCGAAGAUGCAAACUACCAAGGGAGAUCUUACGAGUGCGACGCAGACAGCCUGGACCUGAGCUCCCACCUGAGGCGAUGCAACUCCAUCAAAGUGGAGAGAGGAUGCUGGGUGCUCUUCCAGCAUCCCAACUACGAGGGCUACCAGUACGUUCUGAGCCCCGGCGAAUACCCCGACCACCAUAAGUGGAUGGGAUUCAAUGACAGCGUCAAGUCAUGUCGCUCAGUGAAAAACGUGUACGGAAAGUCCUGGAAGAUCCGCUUCUACGAUGAGCAGGAUUUCGCCGGCCAGGCUGCCGAGUGCGGGGUGGACUGUCCGUCGAUCUACGAGGCGCUCCAGUUCGGCGAGGUCCGCUCCUGUGUGGUGAUGGACGGCGCGUGGGUGCUGUACGAACGACCCAACUACCACGGCCACCAGUACUUCCUGGAGCGUGGCGAGUACCCCAGCUAUACCGACUGGGGCGCUGCCUCCCCAGCCGUGGGGUCCUUGCGCAUGAUCACUGACUUCUAGAGCAACAGUGACGAGUCCAAAGUCCUCAUGGCAGCAGUUCUAGUUCUGUAAUGAAUUGAGUUUUUUGGAUCAAAUGAUUGUACAGGUAUUUGCCCCGAAUAAACACUGCUGGAUGACGCAAAAA